AUGGCUUCGACCGUGUCCCGGAAAACGUCUCGAUUCGCUGAGCGAUCCAAAGACACCGAAGAAUUCGUACAGCUACUCACGGCUCACCAGCCUCGGCUGUACGCCUACAUUCGGGCACUGGUGCCGGUCCGAAGCGAUGCCGAGGAGGUACUCCAGCAAACGAGCAUCGCCCUGUGGCAGAACUUCGAUCAAUUCGAACGCGGCACCGAUUUCGCACGCUGGGCACUCAAGGUGGCCCACUUCCGCGUCCUCGAGUUUCGCAAGCAGCAACAGCGAGAUCGACUUUGCUUCAGCAACGAUUUCAUCGAAGGCUUCACGCCCGACUCGCCUGAGUGCCGCCACACCGACGACCGCCAACGCAUCCUGGCGAAGUGCCUCUCUCGCUUGCGACAGCGAGACCGAGAACUCGUUCAAUCGCGCUACCGCAGUGGUGCCACGCUCAAGUCGACAUCAGAGGAAGUCGGCGGAGGCGCGCUCAUGAUCCGCGACACAACGUCUGGAUUCGACUCCAACGAGCUGCUCUCGCUCCUCGAUUCGCUUUGCGAGGGCGAACUCUCGGUUGCCGAAGCCGCACGAAUCGAAGAGCUUGUUCGCUCCAACGAUGCGGCCCGUGCCCUGUACCUUAAAUACAUCGAGUUGCAUGCCUUCCUCGAACUCGAAGACGCCGCAGGCUCUCCGCUAAACGUUGUUCUCGAUGCCAAUGCGUUGCUCGGCGAACCUUCACCACCUGCCGCCUCGUUGCAGCAAUCAACGAUAACGCAGGAAGAAGUUCAUCGUACUGAGGUUGUCGAACAAGAGCACCAGCCAGGCAAGCUGCUCAAAAGUCUCAUUCCAACCGCCGACCGGCUGAACCAAUGGCUCGAAGUAGCACCCUCGGCGAUGAUGGCCGUCCUGCUCUUCGCGUGUGGGGUCUUCGUAGGCGUUCGCAUGCUCAACUCAGAUCCUUCGCCGGCGGUGCUUCCUUCCGGCGGUUCGGCAGUCUCUGAGAACACGGAAACUCCGGCGAAAUCAGCCGCUCGCAACAUCGCCAGCCUCACGCGGACCAACGGUGCCCGCUGGGCGGAAAGCCAGCCUCCAGAAGUCGGCUUCCGCCUUGAACCAGGUCCUCUGAACCUCGUCGAAGGCACGGCAUCCAUCGAGUUCGACUCGGGCGUCGUUGUGGUGUUAGAGGGGCCAGCCAAGUUUGAACUUGAAACUGACGGUCUAGGGUUCCUCGAGUCCGGGCGAUUGGUGGCGAACGUCCCACCGCAGGCUGUCGGUUUCACCAUCCGCACACCCACGGCCACGGUGAUCGACUUGGGUACUGAAUUCGGGGUGCAGGUCGAUGAAGAAUUAGGCACCAGUGAGGUGCAUGUCUUCGUGGGGAAAGUCGAAGUGGGGGCCGUCGGCCAAGACGACGACACCACUCCACCGCGGCGUAUCACAGCCGGUCAGGCCGUGUCGGUUCGUGCGAAAACGCCAGUCACCGAGCUGGCGGACGCCGAACCCGAUCGCUUUGUGCGCUCGAUUGAGGAAGAGACGCCCGAGCCUCAGCCCACUCGCGUGGUUACGUUCCAGGACGGAAUGCCCGACCCAUUUACCGGUGAACUGUACACCGGAACGGAUGACACAACCCUCAAGCAGUGGGCGCCAACUCACAAUUUCGGCAAACGAGGCGACCUGCACGCUGGCGGUGAAGUGAAACCAUGGAUAGCCGACGGGGUAGCGGUCAGCCGUGCGCUCCUUCGGUUCGACCUCAGUAGCCUGGCAGGGAAGUUCUCGAAGAUCACUUCCGCCACUUUGCGAUUGUCGGUCAACACAAACGUCGAGUUCUAUCCUUGGGACGCACCAGGCGAACUGCAGCUUCACCGCAUGAGCGGCCGGUCAGGAAACUGGCAAGAGGGAAACUUCCUGAAUGGUGCCGACGCCGGUAACCCCGGAUCGGGAGAAGUCACUUGGAAUCAACUGGCUCACGGCGAGAAGGACUGGCGCGAGGUUGGUGCGGGCCGCGACUUUGUGCCCAGUCCUUCGGCCCGCCUGCCGUAUGAGCCACGCUUCUCAGGCACUUGCGAACUCGUGCUCGAAGGUGAUUUGCAGUUUCUCGAACACUGGGCGAAGGAUCCUGCAAGCAACGCCGGCUUCUUGCUUCGCGAACGCAGCGAAAGAAAACCCAAUCGUGUGUCUUUCUACUCCUCGGAAGUGAGCGACGUCGCGAGCCGCCCGCAACUGGUUAUUGAAUACGUUCCGCUGCAGCAGCAGGUAGAAGACGAGAGCCUCUCGGUUGAGGAAGAAGCUCAGAACCAACAAGGCAAACAACAAGAAGAGUCGCGUGAUUUAGAAGAGUAA